AUUGACAUUUUAGAUUACAAAUUGGACUGUUACCGUAAGGCCGCUCCGAGAAUGAGUCAUAUUGUGACAAAAGGUACACUGUGUAUAGGUCUGAUGUCCAUGCGUAUAGUUAUAGGUUUUCUGCUGCAGGAGACAAACCUUUCUGAAUGCAAGGACGGCCAACCGAACUGUGAGGUCUUGAAUUCUACACUAGCCGUUUGCAAUGACGUCCGUAAUGGAGUUAUACUGUGCAAAUACUUCUGUCAUCUCUGUGAAGUCGUGAACGGGGAAUGGUCGGAUUGGGCAACUUGGGCAGAUUGUGAUGUCACUUGUGGUAACGGACUUACGACCCGUACGAGGGCUUGCGACAAACCAACGCCUGCCCACGGUGGCAGUGACUGUGUGGGGCCUGCAAGCAGCAGUAACGUGUGCACGUUGAAAAAUUGUCCUUUGCACGGGGGAUGGAGUACGUGGUCAUUAUGGGGCACGUGCAGUACAACGUGCGAUGUAGGCAUCAGGAGACGCGACAGACGCUGCGAUAACCCCGUGCCCUCUGAAGACGGGCUGCAUUGCAAGGGCGAGAGCAUUGAGUACAAGAUUUGCCAUCAACCUAGCUGCACAGAGUUGGCAAUCCCGGACAUCCUGUUUCGGGUACGAACUCCUUCUGAUCAAAGCCUUAUGGCAAAUGAUGACGUGCUGUUCAAACGCGUGCUUAUCAACGACGGUGAGGCAUACAACGUCGAGUCAGGUCGUUUUACCUCUCCUGUUGACGGAACCUACAGCUUCAUACUCCAAUACUGCGUGGCGCCAAACAGAUUCGCGCACGUUGAGAUCGUGAAAAACGGAAAGUCCUUGCAGAGGGGCGCGAUCAUCGCGGCGCGGUGGACCCAGUGUGCCAAUCUGCAUUCGAUGACGUGGCUGCAGGCAGGGCAUCAUAUCUGGAUCAGAUGCACGUACCCCACCCUUCUGUACGAGGAUCGGUAUGCGUGGACAACGUUCUCCGGCGCCUUGAUGUACAUUUGAGUCUCUGGUAGAUUCAUAGCGUAUUGUCCUACCAACUUUAUGUAAAUUAUUUACACAGCUGAUGCAGUGUUGUUUAACAUUUAACAUGUCAAUUACAAAUUGUCAAAUAACAGGAAUAAAAACAGUGUUUCUGUGUCAA